CGGAGGGGCCGCCCUGCGCCCCAACGGGCAAACCAAGUCGCUGGUGCCUCAGCGGCUGGCGCUGGAGUACAUCGUGCCCUGCAUGAACAAGCACGGCAUCUGCGUGGUGGACGACUUCCUGGGCAAGGAGCUGGGCGGGCAGGUGGCCCAAGAAGUGCGAGCCCUGCAUCACACCGGCCGCUUCACCGACGGGCAGCUAGUCAGCCAGAAGAGCGACUCUUCCAAGGACAUCCGCGGCGACAAGAUCACCUGGGUGGAGGGCAAGGAGCCGGGCUGCCAGACCAUCCGCCUGCUCAUGAACAGCAUGGACGAUCUCAUCCGCCACUGCAACGGCAGGCUGG